CAGAGCGGGCGCGGUGAUUCCAGCAGCACGCUGUACCGCUGUGCCGUGGCUGUUCUGUGCCGGGCUCGGUGAUGCUUUUGGAUUGUGAACUCACGCCUCAUGCUUCGUACCCCUCGCCUCACUCACACUCUCGCCUUCACUCUCACGUCGGCAAUCGAGUACAAGCAAGUGCUGAACAUAGCAUUGAGCUCAUGCUGCCCGCCCGCGUGGGGACGGACAGGCGCGCAGAUGCUCUGGAAGCACCGCUGGAACAACCGCCAAACCCCCCUGUCCUGGCAUCGCACAGUGCACCCGCUUACUGUCUUCGUCUCCCAAUCUUUGCGUCUCCAGCCCCGUCGACUCCCGGCGCAUGACACCACCCGGAUGGCCUCUCCAAUGAAGAAAAGGCCCCCAAUACAGGGCCCCAAAAAAGCCCUAAGAGCUGCAUCGGCGAGUCCAGCUGUGAAGCUCGCUAUCGAAUCAAAAGUGGCGCCCCGAGCCUACGGGAGGCUAAGGCAAGUCUGCGGGUGCAAUGGACGGAUGGGAUGGACAUGGCCACACUUGCACGGAGGUAUAGUUUCUUGGUCAGCCAGCGGUGCAUGCCAAGAUCGAGCCAUUCGCAGUGGAGAUGCGGAGCAGAGCAGAUAGCGGUACAGGUACUCGGAAAUUGCCUCUUGAGUGAGAGGUGGUUGAUGAUAUGGAUGGGUGCGAUUCAUAUGCCAGGCACGCUGAGGAUGUGACGGGUGCACGAGAUGACGGGAAAGCUUGUAUUAUCCAGAAAGAACAAUAAAGCCCUGCGAGAGCCACCAUGACAAUCAUAAACAUUCAUGU